GGUGUCCCUACUUGCUGCACUGAGGUCAGAGGUGUCAUUCGGUGUUUAACCAGCGAAGCAGCCGAAGGACGCGGAGGAGACUCAUCCAGGAAGGUGCAGGAGACAAGUUACCACAGCAGCAACAUGAGUCUGUCCAACAAACUCAACCUGAACACGGUGGACGUGAAGGGGAAGCGCGUCAUCAUGAGGGUCGAUUUCAACGUCCCCAUGAAGGACAAGAAGAUCACCAACAACCAGAGGAUCAAGGCGGCCGUUCCCACCAUCAAACACUGCCUGGACAACGGGGCCAAGUCCGUCGUGCUGAUGAGCCACCUGGGCCGCCCUGAUGGAAACUUCGUGCCUGAGAAGUACUCCAUGCAGCCCGUCGCUGACGAGCUCAAGACUCUGCUUGGAAAGGACGUGACCUUCCUGAAGGACUGUGUGGGUGCAGAGGUGGAAGCUGCCUGCGCUAACCCCGCCACCGGAUCAGUUAUCCUGCUGGAGAAUCUCCGCUUCCACGUCGCUGAGGAGGGAAAAGGCAAGGACGCCUCAGGAAACAAGACCAAGGCCACCCAGGAGCAGAUUGAUUCCUUCAGGGCAUCUCUGUCCAAACUGGGAGACGUUUACAUUAACGACGCCUUCGGCACAGCUCACAGAGCCCACAGCUCCAUGGUGGGAGUGAAUCUGCCUCAGAAGGCCGCUGGUUUCCUGAUGAAGAAGGAGCUUGAGUACUUCGCCAUGGCUCUGGAGAAACCUCAGAGGCCCUUCCUUGCCAUCCUCGGAGGAGCGAAGGUGAAAGAUAAGAUCCAGCUGAUCAACAACAUGUUGGAUAAGGUCGAUGAGAUGAUCAUUGGCGGAGGCAUGGCCUUCACCUUUCUCAAAGUCCUCAACAACAUGGAGAUCGGUACAUCCUUGUACGAUGAGGAAGGGGCCGGCAUUGUCAAAGACCUGAUGGCCAAAGCUGAGAAGAACGGCGUCAAGAUCACGCUGCCCGUCGACUUUGUCACCGCUGAGAAGUUUGACGAGAAAGCCACCGUUGGCACCGCCACCGUCGCUGCAGGCAUUCCCGCUGGCUGGAUGGGUUUGGACUGUGGACCAGAGAGCAUUAAGGCCAAUGCAGAGGUGGUGGGCCGGGCCAAGCAGAUUGUGUGGAACGGCCCAGUCGGUGUGUUUGAGUGGGACAACUUUGCCAAAGGGACGAAGAGCAUGAUGGACAAAGUGGUCGAGGUGACCAAAGCUGGGUGCAUCACAAUUAUCGGUGGGGGCGACACUGCCACCUGCUGUGCCAAGUGGGACACAGAGGACAAGGUCAGCCAUGUCAGCACAGGGGGCGGUGCCAGCCUGGAGCUGCUGGAGGGUAAAGUCCUGCCCGGCGUGGAUGCCCUCAGCAGUGCCUAAACUUUCCAUCAGCUCACUGGUGUGUGUGUGUGUGAGUGAUUGUGUGAAAGGUGUGUAGCUGCUCAGCCAGAUUCCUGUUUACUCCUGAAACAUUCUCCACCCUGCAAAAACACCCAACUGCUUUCUCUGCCAUUUCAUCUCGUAUUCAGGCUUUGUAUUUAAAGUAAUGUCAGCUGUGAUUCACGGAGGAAUCCUUUCCUUUGCCUCUAAUCCAUCGAUGAUGGCUGUAACAAGUAGAGCCCUCUGCCUUAUUUUUCAGAAUUAAGACUAGAACAGAUCAAAUGGCUUGUUGUGGUGGAAGUGUUACUGUCACAGGGGUGUCAGAGUUCUGCUUUACUUGUCUGACUCGUCUGGAGUACUGCUGUGUUUCUUAAAAAAAUCAUGAGAUGAGUCAUCGGUUCACCUCCGAGGAACUUGAACACUGGCUCUUGAGUGUAUGUGCUUGUAUGAAUGUGUGUACUGCUACGUCACUUUUCCAUAGCUGCCCCGGAACAUCACUGCACUUCCUUUGACAACGUGGUAUACAUUCGGUAUAUAUAUAUAGAAAUGGUUAAUGUGUGUACCUUGACGUUAUAUUUUCUGUCUGUUCGCACUGACGUCGGCUCGGUUCUCGUCCUCUCUGGCUGUUGGUUUGAGCAGCGUCAGACUGAGGUGUGUCGAUCUCGAGGUGGUCAGACUGAGGUGUGUCGAUCUCAGUCUGAUCUGUUCAGGUUAAUAAAACCGUUUCUGUGUAAAA